AUGGAAGGCCGAUUCGGCAUUUUGGCGGGGGCUCACCACCUUCGCGACAUUCCUGGUGGGUGGUUCCCAUCUCAGAGGCUCACCAACUCUGGAUUCUUUUUUCUGUUGCGGGUGGUUCCCGUUUUCCCCUCUUUUUCUUAUGGUUUUUGGUAUGAUUCCUCAAGGAUUACUUAUCUGUUCCAAGGUAAGUCUUGUUUUGUGGUUCGUCUACCUGCGUCGUGUUUGUUGUCCGUCGGUACUUUCACGAAUGCGAUCCAUGUUGCACUGUUCCAAUUCUGUCCGCAAGCUGUCACUGAUAUAAUUCGGAUGUUGUUCGACAUACCUUCACUUGCAAUGCAGAGUAUUAAGACCGUGAUUGUAGGCGACAAUGGGGUUGGAAAGACAGCACUGCUCAUCUCAUUCACGACGGGCAACUUCCCAGCACGCCCUAAUAUUAGAGUUGUGAUCUUGGACAGCUACGCCGUCACCUUUAUGUUGAACGAGGACCCUUACACUCAUGCGGUCUAUGAUACUUUGGUGGGCACAGCAGAAUACGACCGUCUGCGCCCUCUAAGCUACCCGCAAACCGACGUGUUUCUGACACCACGCAUCCUCGUCGCGCUCAAGACCGACCUCCGAGAAAAUGCCGAGACCGUCGAGCGUCUAGCGCGGCAACACAAACGGCCAAUCUCGACUGAACAGGGUUUGCGGCUUUCGCAGGGGCUGGGAGCAACAGAUUACGCCGAGUGUAGUGGGCCCACGCGUGAAGGGGUGGAGGAAGUGUUUGACAAGGUAUGCGUGUUCUUUCUUGCAGUCGAGGUCGAUCGUAUGCUGGGGCAGGUUGUCGUGGCCGCGAUAGCAUGGAGGGCAUCCAAAUUACCUAUACCUUGGCCCGGGAGUCGCCGACGUUGCAUUAUCUUCACCAACUUGAUUCAAGCAACACUCCAAUCAGACCGCAAUGCUCAUUUCUUUCUCGACAGGGAAGUACCCAGCGGAGUACUGCCCUUCAGUCAGCUCGUCUUUGACAGCUACGCCGUCACCGUGUUGUUCGGGCCCAAGCGAGACCCUUACACCCAUGCAAUAUUUGACACCUUGGGCAAACCAGAAUAUGACCGUCUACGCCCUCUGAUGUACCCGCAAACUGACGUGUUUCUGGUGUGCUUCUCCGUCGAUUCCGAGACUUCGUUCCAGCAUUGUCGCGAGCGCUGGUUUCCUGAGCUGGAACAUCACAACCCUGGGAUACCACGCGUCCUCGUCGCGCUGAAGACCGACCUGCGGGACGAUACGGACACUAUUGAACACUUAGCGAGGCAACACAAACGGCCGAUAUCAACUGAGCAGGGUUUGCGGCUGGCGCAAGAGCUGGAGGCGGCGGAUUACGCCGAGUGCAGUGGGCUGACCCGCGAAGGACUGGAUAAGCUUAUGGAAAAGGUAAUUGUUGUGUGUCUUACCACCAAGUUGGGUAAAUUGUGCAGGUUCUCGAGGCAGCAAUCAAGGGCAUUCAAACUCGGGAGGCUCAUCACGCAUCGAGAUCCGCUCUCCGCCGCCGACUACGACAUUGUAUCAUCGUAUAAUCCUUAG